UUACACAAAUAGAGAUACUACAAAUUGACCCAAACAGAUCAUUAGGGUAUAUACUAACUACUCUCUCGCAAAGUCUUUUCACUUCAACCUUCUUUGUUGAAUUUGCGAGCAGAGGAAGGAAGGAAUCUGCACAGAGAAAGAGAGAAAGAAUGUUGUUCUUUUCGUACUUUAAGGAUUUGGUGGGACAAGAAGUGACGGUUGAGCUGAAGAACGAUUUAGCAAUCAGAGGGACACUUCAUUCAGUUGAUCAGUACCUCAACAUCAAGCUCGAGAACACUCGUGUUGUUGAUCAGGACAAGUACCCUCACAUGUUGUCGGUGAGAAACUGUUUCAUCAGAGGAUCAGUGGUGAGGUACGUGCAGUUACCUCCUGAUGGAGUUGAUGUUGAUUUACUUCACGAUGCAGCUAGAAGAGAGGCCAGAGGUGGAUGAUUCUGCCAAAACCGUUGUAUCUCCAAACUUUUAAUCUGUUGAUCAACAAGACUCGGAAACUUUUAAAUUUUCAUGUAAUGGCUUGAUGUUGAAUGACUAGUUCCAUUAUCUUUAUCAAAGGAUAUUCUGUUUUCUC